GCAUCUCUUUAUAAUGGAAAUAUCAUACACUCAAAACUUCACAGUUCAAUACUGCUUUCCUGGAAACAAUGCAUCCUGCAGAAAGCAGGUCCGAUCAGACCCUGCAUAUAUAUUUUUGUUCAUUUUCCUCUCAUGUAUAUCUGUGUGUACUGUGAUUUUGAACUUGUUGGUGAUUAUCUCCAUCUCUCACUUCAAGCAGCUCCACACUCCAACCAACCUGCUCAUCCUCUCUCUAGCUGCAGCAGAUCUUCUCGUGGGAAUGUUUGUUAUGCCUGUGAAAAUAACACAACUGAGAGACUCCUGUUGGUAUUUUGGAGAUUUGGCAUGUUGUUUUUCUGAAAUAAUCAAUGGAUGUUUAACGGCAGCAUCUCUGUGUAACCUGGUUUUAAUCGCAGUUGAUCGAUACAUUGCUGUCAGUGAUCCUCUGCAUUAUAACACUAAAAUCACAGUUUGUAAAACAUCUCUGUUCAUUGUUCUAGCCUGGUCUAUUUCUGUGAUGUAUAUAACCAUAUUUUAUUAUUUUAAUGACCAUCUACUUCAAUCUCAGGUGAUCACAAGUUGUUAUGGAGAGUGUGUAGUGAUUGUUAAAGAUUUCUGGGUGAUUACUGAUGUGGUAGUUUGCUUUGUAGCUCCUUGCUCUGUUAUACUGAUCCUGUAUUCAAUAAUUUUUAAUGCUGCAAGACAGCAAGCUAAAGCUGUCAGAGCUAUAAGACUUGCCUUAAAGAUACACAGCUCUUCACAUUCUUCUGAAAUCAAAGCAGCAAAAACACUGGGACUCGUCAUUUCUGUUUAUCUUACUUUCUGGAUAACAUUUUAUGUAUGUUCGCUGACAACUUCAUCAAUAGCGUGGACUGUGUUUGGCUGGCUAUUGUACCUGAACUCCUCAUUGAAUCCACUUUUGUAUGCAAUAUUCUAUCCAUGGUUUAGAACAUCAGUUAACUUUAUUGUAUGUUGUCGAAUAUUUGAAUCCUCAUCUUCAACAUUUAAUUUGCUACCAGAUCAUUUUUAAGGAUGAUUUGUGAAUGAUACCACUCUGCAGUCACUGAUCACAUCCAGGACUGUGUCACAAAUAAGGUUAAAAAUCACUUUUUAGAUUACUUUAUGUUUUAGACUGUAGUAAACAAAUAUUUAUAAUCUAAUUAUUUAUAAUUAAUAUUAAUACAAUUUAUAUUAUUAACGAGGAGAGAACAAGGAAUGCAUUUCUUCCUAAUACAGCUUUAAUAAGAAACA